UUGAAUUUCAUAGAUUACAAUAUAGACUGGAUGGCGUUACCAUAGAUGCACUGAUCAUGUUCGUGAGACCCACAAAGCGUAUCAUUUCGACAAGUCCGUGAGACGUCCCGUAUUUGACCUGGAAGACAAUAAUCAGUUUGCCGAGACUUUUGCUGACGGAUUUACACGUCUUGUGCUGUCCGCUGAUGGCCGAGUAAACCUGAGACGGAUUAGACGGCCUGCUGUACGGUCAGGUUGACAAGGAUCCUGAAGCUGAUUCAGACCACCUGAAUUGACGCAACUCGUAUCAGCACGAAACAAUGUUGUUCGACGACGUCCUACGGAAACUUGGCGAAUUUGGUAAAUUCCAACAAAUAGUCUUCGUAAUCGCCUGCCUACCUGCAAUCUUCGAAGGCUUUCACAAUUUGAAUAUUAUUUUUAUAUUGGCUGUACCAAAUCACAGAUGUGCGAUUCCUGGGCUCGAGAAUGACACAUGGGAGGUACAGGGCGAUGCCCACGCCCGGCUCAUCAACAUGACGAUACCACCCGGGGACGAGUGCCACGUGUAUCAUGACUUCAAUGGGACGCUUGCAGCUAAUACCACCGCCACAACGCCUUGUGAUUCCUGGGUCUACGACACAUCGGUCUUUCAGUCGACAGCAGCUACUGACUUUAACCUAGUUUGUGAUAAGAAAAUCCUACGGUCAACGGUCAACAUGAUGUUCAUGAUCGGGAUGUUGUGUGGCGGUAUCGUUGGAGGCAGGUUGGCCGACAGAUUCGGUCGAAAGACCACGAUAUGCAUUAUAACAAAUGGUUUCUUCUUGUUCGGACUCGCCCUGGCACUUUCCACCGACAUUUACAUGAUGAUAAUCGUCCGUUUCUUCAAUGGUUUCACAGACAUGGCUUACUACGCCGCAGCGUACGCAAUGUCAAUGGAGUUCGUCGGUCCGUCGAAGCGGAAGAUCACUGGUAUCUGUAUCGGAGGAUUCUUCACAGCUGGGUACAUUCUCAUCACACCAGUGGCAUACCUCAUAAGGCACUGGAGAUACUUCCAGGUGGCACUAUCGAUACCCUCUCUCGUGCUCAUCUCAUAUUGGUGGAUUUUACCCGAGUCCCCACGAUGGUUGCUCAUUCGGGGCCGGGCAGCCGAGGCAGAAGCCAUAUUGAGGAGGGCAGCCCGAAUCAACCAUGUCACCCUGCCUAAGAAACUGUUUGAUUCUACAACUCUCUACGAGAAAGCCGUCAAAGACUCCUUCUUCCGAAUGAUCAAGUACAAAGUGCUGCUUUUAAGGACACUGAUUAUUUGUUUCAAUUGGGGUGCCUGCUCCAUGAUGUACUACGGCUUGUCACUCAACAGCGGAAAUCUUGUCGGCGACAUCUUCGUCAACUUCUUGGUAAUCGGCCUCAUCGAAUACCCCGCCCUAGCGUUCGCUAUCGUUACCAUUAACCCAUUGGGACGCAAGAAGCCUUAUUCCUUCGCCAUGUUGCUGGGAGGGACUAGUUGUCUUGCCUCCAUCUUUGUUGCAGUAUUUGGGAGUGUGAGUACGACGUGGGCGCUGACAAUGCUCUCCACCAUCGGCAAGUUCGGCAUCUCGGCAGGUUUCUCUUUGAUUUACCUCUACACGGCAGAACUCAGCCCCACAGUAGUUCGCUCCAUACAUAUAGGGAUCGGGUCAGUCAGCGCUAGGAUCUUCACCAUGAUAGCACCGUACAUUGCUGAUCUCGGUGAGUUUGUAGGAGGUCAUUUUUCGAAGGCACUUCCCCUAGUCGUGUUUGGAGCCAUCUCCGUGACUGCUGGUUUAUUGGCAUUAAUGCUUCCCGAGACCAAAGGAAGGAAUCUCCCGGAGACUAUUGAGGAUGCUUUACACUACACAAGGAAACCACGAAAAGGCAGCGUUCAUAUCGCUGUGACGAACCCUGGGUUCGAAGACGAUGAUGAUAACUGGGACGAAGAUCAUCAGGCCAUGAUUGUAAGGAGUUCCCAUUGGAACGGGCCAGAGGCGACCCCAGAGGUCAACGAGGCAGCUGCUUAUGACAUCAUCCCUGCACAAGAGGUUGAAACCAACGGUGAAAUGGGUCCAUUGCGUAUGGAUGAAGACUUCCCAAGCACCGCGUAAACAUAGUAGUCAGCGUAUUAGAAAUUUUCUGUAGAGUGUGUUAUCGCAAUAUAGUGCAGUGCCGUAUUUACGUUUAUUCAAAAGAUAUAAAGUGAGAAAUAUUUAAAUAAAUACAAUUCAAAUGA